ACCGUCUACGUUGGCAGCGAGACUUUGUCGAUCAUGUUACGAAAGUCGACCCUAUCGAUGGUGUGGUACUCAUCGACCCAGAGUCCUUUGGCAGAGAUGGAAAGAAAGAUAGGAAAGUGUUUGCCCAGGUGUUGGCUGGGUUCAGAUAUGGCAGAGACGACCUGGACGUUCUGGGACUCAACUUCAGACGUGACCUCAUCGACGAGAGGAUGCAGGUCUACCCACCCCCAGACCCAUCUCAACCUCAGCUCCUCACUCUCUUACAAGUCAGACUUCUCAAGAAACUCGGAAGGAGAAGACAGGAACGCUUCUACCCGUCACAUUCUCACUAACCGAGGUCUGCCAUCUUCAGUGUCCCUCAGCCAGGACAGGGAGAGGCUGACAACAUGUGGGUUAGACUUCAUCCUCAGGUGCUUCAUCGGAAAACUACCUGAAGACAAGAUCGAGAAAAGAAAUUCUGUUCGUCUGGCUAUCAAGAAGAUAACCCACGCACCUGAAGAACAGACGCAAAGACCAACCACCGACGUAUCCAAAGAUUUCAUGCUCAGCUCUCAUCCACUGCUGGUGGAGGCCAACCUUGACAAAGGGACGUACUCUCACGGAGAGCCGAUCAAAGUAAACAUCUCAAUCGCUAACAGAUCCUCAAAAACUGUCAAGAAAAUCAGAGUCCAAGUGAGACAGUUUGCGUCAAUAUGCCUCUUUGCUCAGUCGGAGUACAAGUGUGUAGUGGCCCAAGUGGAUUCCGAG